AUGCGGCCUCUUUGUCCGUCUCCGGCCCCGGGUAGAACCCCCGACGCCGCCAGGCUGGCCGAGAGGGAGCUUGAGCCCUGGGGCCUGCAGGAAGGGCCCCGUCCAGAAAAGCCUGCUGAGGCAGACACCGAUGGGAGACCUAGCAGCGUGGGCCUUAGGUGGGCCCAAACCCAGAGGCACUGUGCCCCCCGAAACCCUGAGGCAGCCUCUAGGGCUGGAGCCGUGUUUGGGAGGAUGAAGCGGGGCGGCGCCCGGACGUCCCCCGCAGCUGCAGGACGUGUGGAGGCCAAGCGCUGCCGUACCACGAUUGGCUCCAUCAUCCCUCCGAAAAGCACCAGCGGGGUCCUGAGCCAGCCGAGCACAGAGCCCACUGCAGAGGCGCCAGGCUUCUGGGCACCUGUCCACCACCUCACCCCUGCCCACACCAACACCUUUGAAUUCAGCGCACGCUUGAGCUCGAGGCCACGGCUCUGUGACUUGCGCGGCUGUGGAGAGGGUGACGUUGCCAUUGGUGACCACAGGUGUCCUGGCAGCCUGAACAGAAAGGCUACUUCAGGCUCCAACAAGGGCCAGGUUUCCAGGGGCGACAGCAGCAGAGCCUUGGCCUGGCAGGCGCCCAGCUCUGCCCCGACCAGCUCGGCGGCGAGCUCCCUGGAAGCUCCCCUCCCCCAGGCCUCAGUUUCCCCACCUGGAACACCCCGUGAGAGGAAGGAUGAACCGGGAGGCCUCUGGGAUGCUGGUCCAGUCUCCAUGGAGACCAGCUCACUCUCUCUCCUGGGCCAGUCUCCGCAUGGUUACAUUGGAAAAUGGUGGGCCCUAGCCAUAUGCCUCCUGCUGGUGGCUGACCUUGAUUUUGAGAGCUCUGGACCGCCAGAGAUGGAGGGGCCUCCGGGCUUUUGUUCUCUGAACAAGAACGCCGGUGCCGGGCACAGGACGGGAGCCAGGCCGAGCUGGAGGGUGUCCGUGCCGCAGCCCUACCCGCACGCCCGCGCGCUGGCUGGGCAAGGGGGCGGCGCCUCUGUGUGCGGUCUGAGUGCUCAGGGUGUUGAGGUUUGGCUGCAGCUGAAUGAGGGGGACCCCACGGCUCUGGCACGGGCCAUGCUGUCCUCUCUUCUGUCGCUCGUGGGCACCGCGAGGCAGCUGCCCGGACGCGGGAUCGCGGCUCUCGGCGGCGGCGCGGCAGGCUCACGGACGACCUUGCCCUCGUCCCGAGGCCCGGCUCCGCCCGCAGCCCCCGGGCGUACUCCCGCUGUCCGCCGGCCCGGGUACCGCGCGGCCUUCGGGUCUUUUCCGAGGCGCACGGAGGCGCGGGAGAGAGCCCCGCGGGGACGGGAUGAAGAGCCGCCGCCACAACCGAAGCGCAGGGCCAAGGCCACCUGUCGGGACACCCCGAACUCCAAUGAACCCUGUGACCGCAAGGCCGGGUCCAGGGCCACGGGCAGGGAGCGAUCUAGGAGGCUGGGGCUCCGAGAUCGCACUCCGCCGCCGCAGGCACUGGCUCGACCUUCCCCUAGCGCGGCGCCCCGGAGCUGUCCCGGGCGCACGGCCUCCGUCAAGUCGGGCAGGCUAGAGGAGGAGAGCCCAGAACCUGUGGGCGCAGGGCAGGAGCCCGCGGGCGCCAUCGGAAGCAGGCACGGGAGGGCAGCGCGGCGCAGACACUUGCUCUCAGCCCCGCGACCCUUGGAGGCUGGGACGCCCAGCCCUCCGGGGAGGGCGCGGCCACCCACGCCGCCGCGGCCGUGUGAACCUGGCCGUGACCUAGGCCCCGGGGCGCUGCGGGUCGGGGGGAGGGGCUCUGCUUGGCCACCAUUUGCCAGCCCCGCGGCACCAUCCCGAGAGACCGGUCCACAGUCGGGAGACUCCCAGGUCGACCUGCUUCAAGCCCAGCCGACCCCCAAUGCCCCGAAACCCCAGGCCGGCCUGGGCGACUGGGCCCCGCAGGCGCCAGGCACCGGAGAGGGAGGGCCCCGAGGGCCUGGGGCGCCGUUCCAAAGGCCAGAAAAUGGAAACUGUGCGAAAAGAAUCUCCAAAUCCGGCCGGGCCCAAAGCCCACCGGCUUACAUAAAGCCCCAGGAGCCCGCCCGCCCGCCCGCGGCCUCCCCUCCCGGGGGUGAACAAUCGGCCGGCCCCUGGCCAGGCCGUCCUGGGGUUGGCACCACCACCGACCCCCUGACCAAGGGCCUGGCGUGA